AUGUUUCCAAUAGCUUCCAACAAAAACUCUACUCAAUUACCAUCGGCUCCUAAUGAUAAUAACUUUUCUCAAUUAUCAUCUACUCCUACAUCGUCAAACGCUAACGUUAAACGAACUGGAAGCCGCAGGAAAUAUGUGAAAGCGGCUUGCCAACUUUGUAAAAAAUCAAAAGUUAAAUGUUCAGGGGAUUAUCCAUGUGAGAGGUGUCUUAAGCAAAAGCAAGAGAAUGAAUGCGUAUACAAACCUCAAAAAAAACGGGGCCCUCGUUCACGUUCUUCAAGUAGAGAUAAUCGGCACAGACGACAAGACGACUUACGAUCAUCUCCUAUUAGUCGCUCACGUUCUUCCAGUUGUGACAAUCGAAGUCGGGCCAGUGGUUAUUCCGAAGUGACUGAAGCUGAAGACAAUUAUAAUGCUCUUGGCAUUUUCCCCCAGGCCAGUGGUUAUUCUGAAGUGACUGAAACUGAAGACAAUUAUAAUGCUUUUGGCAUUUUCCCUCAAAACGAUUUACAACAAAACCUUCCACCCAACAAUUUUCGGGAUAAUUAUCUACAUCCUCUUUAUAAUGAAGAAACUGGUUAUUUGAGUCUUGAAAGUGUUCAAUAUGAUAUUAAUUUAGAUGCUAAUUCCUAUACGGAGAUUCCGAUUCUUUUUACAUCACCUUUUCUACAAACUCCACAAGACUUUAAUAUCCCUCAUUCACCCCUAAAUAUUCCUAAUUCACCCCUAAGCGACUUGGCUACAGAUUUUUUUAAUUUUCGACUCGACUCUGAAGAUAAUAUUUCUCAUUCACCAAGUGAUUGUUAUUUUGCUCCAGAGUCGCUUGAAGAACAUGGAACACAAAAUUACAAUCCUAAUACGUUUUCAAGUUAA